UUCGAAAUGUUAUCGAUUUCAUCACGAUUAAAUCGAUUGAAAGUUUUAAACAUGCUUGUUAUUAUUAAUGUUUUUAAGUAUUAAUUAUAAAACGCACUAAGAGAUGUAUAUUUCGCAUUUUUUUUUUUUUAAUAUUUCAAAGCAGUAACUGAAACGUCAUGCGAUCCAGAAAUAAUCAAUAAGCGUACACCUGUCUAUGAUGACAUUCAAACAUGAUUUUGUCAAGAGCCAAACCAGCUUCAUCAGAGGGAUCAAGAUUAUCUGCAUCACGUACUAACAUACCAAAGUUAGAAGAAUUUUUAGAAAAACGUGAUUACAUAGGUGCUUUAACUCUUUUGGAAUUCCAAAGUACUUCUGGUAGUAAUUUGGAAUCAGAAUUAUGGAUGGGUUAUUGUGCCUUUCAUCUUGGAGACUACAAGCGAGCUCUCACUAUUUAUGAAAAUCUGAAAAAAAAAGAAAAUGUUCUAGUAGAUCUAAUUACAAACUUAGCAUGUUGUUAUUUUUAUCUUGGCAUGUAUCCGGAAGCACAAAAAUUAUUGGAAGAAGCACCUGAUAGUAAAUUGAAGACAAGACUUUUAUUUCAUUUAGCACACAAAAUGGGUAAUGAAGCAAAGUUGCUAGAGUAUCAUCAGAUGUUACACGAUGUUUUAGAAGAUCAACUUAGUUUGGCAUCCAUACACUAUCUUAGAGCACAUUAUCAGGAGGCCAUUGAUGUUUAUAAACGGAUAUUGCUUGAUAACAGCAAAGUGGAUGAAAGAAAAGAAAACAGUUUUAUGCACGAAACUGAUUCAGAAGUAUAUUUUAUUACACAAUUAAAAAAUUGCAGAGAUUAUGUAGCUUUAAAUGUAUAUGUAGCUCUGUGCUACUACAAGUUAGAUUAUUAUGAUGUUGCACAAGAAGUUCUACAAGUAUACUUACAAAAAUUUCCAGAUAGUGCAAUUGCAAUCAAUUUGAAAGCUUGUAAUCAUUUUCGUUUGUAUAAUGGAAAUGCUGCACAAGCUGAAAUGAAGCAGCUCAUAGGAAAGAUAUCAAGCUCUUUCAGUUUUGGACAUGAUCUUAUUCGUCAUAACACUGUUGUAUUUCGAAACGGGGAAGGAGCUUUACAAAUUCUACCAAAUUUAGUAGAUGUUAUACCAGAAGCUCGACUUAAUUUGGUAAUAUAUUAUUUAAAGCAAGAUGAUAUAAAGGAAGCGUAUGAACUUAUUAAAGAUCUUGAACCUGCUGUUCCACAAGAAUAUAUAUUAAAAGGCAUAGUAAAUGCAGUAAUGGGUCAGGAAAUUGGUUCUCGUGAUAAUAUAAAAACUGCUCAACAAUAUUUUCAACUGGUGGGUUCUUCUGCAUCAGAAUGUGAUACCAUACCUGGUAGACAGUGUAUGGCAUCUUGUUUUUUUCUUUACCGACAAUUUGAAGAAGUUCUGGUUUAUUUAAACUCAAUUAAAACUUAUUUUUCUAAUGAAGAUAAUUUUAAUUUUAAUUAUGCACAAGCACAAUCUGCAGCAGGUUAUUUUAAAGAGGCAGAAGAAGCUUUCUUGAUGAUACAUAAUGAAAAAUACAAAAAUGAUUAUAUUUACAUCAGUCUUUUGGCUUAUUCUUAUAUUAUGAAUAAAAAAGCAGAACUUGCAUGGGAGUUAUAUUUAAAAAUGGAUACAUCAACAGAAUCAUUUAAUUUAUUGCAAAUGAUUGCAAAUACUUGUUAUAAAGUAGGUGAAUUUUGGUAUGCUGCUAAAGCAUUUGAUAUGUUAGAACGAAUGGAUCCUAGUCCAGAACAUUGGGAAGGUAAACGUGGAGCUUGUUGUGGUACAUUUCAAUAUAUUGUUGCAGAGAAACAACCAACAGAUUUACUUCCUGAAGUAAUUCUUUUACUCAGAAAUACAUCUAAUUCACAAGUGGAACAAAUUAUUCGUGUUAUGCGUAAAUGGGGUAAAGAUAACAGGAUUAAUUGUUAAUGCUGUGAUGUAUAAUAAUUUAAUAAUCAAUUCCGUCCAUUAAUAGCCUUGUUCCUUAUUUCAUUGUGCUAUAAUAUAUUAAUAAGUAAUCUCUUUUAUAUUCUACGAAAAUAUCGUUAAUUGGCAAAACAAUAACGGGACCAAUGCGAAUGUUCGAAAAAUGUUAUUCUCUUAUGAAACAACACUGCUUGUGGUUGCUGCUUUAAUAUAAAAUAGAUAUAUUUAAACCGUGAUACACUCAUUUGUAUAAUAAUUACGAUAUAAUAAUAAUAAUAAUAACCUUUAACAAACAAAA